GGGUUGAGGAUGUGAAUGUCGGCUGCCUCCCCCACCCCAGGCCCUGUGGUUGCAAAGAUGCUCUAACAGGAAGCGGGUUUGAGGAGCCACACGGCUUCCUGCUCCCCCAGGGCUGAGCAGGGCCGGAGGGGCGAGUGCCAGCCUGGGCCACGAGACACAGCUUCUUGCCAGGGUCCUGGUGGCUUCCUCUUCCACGGCCGCUUCCGUGUGGCCGGGGCCCCCAGAAGCGCGAGCUGCGGCCUGUGGCCCAGGCCACCCUCCACCCCGCCCUGGUUCGGAGCCCUGCCCCCUGGGGCCGGGCCAAGCCCAAAGACAGGCUUGGGAUCCUAUGGGGGACCGGUAGGGCAAAGGUCUUGGGGGGCAGAGAGGUGGCUGGGCCAGGACCUGGGGGCUCCAGCCAUGAAGUCUCGGCAGAAAGGGAAGAAGAAGGGCAGCUCCAAGGAGAGGGUGUUUGGGUGCGACUUACAGGAGCAGCUGCAGCGUUCCGGCCAGGAGGUGCCACAGGUGCUGAGGAGCUGUGCAGAGUUCGUGGAGGAAUACGGGGUAGUAGAUGGGAUCUACCGCCUCUCGGGGGUCUCCUCCAACAUCCAGAAGCUCCGGCAGGAGUUUGAGGCAGAGCGGAAGCCGGACCUGCGGAGAGAUGUUUACCUGCAGGACAUCCAUUGUGUCUCUUCCCUGUUAAAGGCCUACUUCAGGGAACUUCCAGACCCUCUGCUCACUUACCGGCUCUAUGACAAGUUUGCUGAGGCCGUGGCAGUGCAGCUGGAGCCGGAGCGUCUGAUCAAGAUCUUCGAGGUGCUUAGAGAACUCCCUCUCCCAAACUAUAGGACCCUGGAGUUCCUCACGCGGCACUUGGUACACAUGGCCUCGUUCAGUGCUCAGACCAACAUGCACGCCCGCAACCUGGCCAUCGUGUGGGCCCCCAACCUGCUGAGGUCUAAGGACAUAGAGGCCUCGGGCUUCAAUGGGACAGCAGCCUUCAUGGAGGUGCGGGUGCAGUCCAUCGUGGUCGAGUUUAUCCUCACGCAUGUGGACCAGCUCUUUGGGGGCGCUGCCCUUUCCGGUGGUGAAAUGGAGAGUGGAUGGCGAUCACUUCCAGGGGCCCGGGCAUCAGGCAGCCCCGAGGACCUUAUGCCCAGGUCCCUGCCCUACAAUCUGCCUAGCAACCUGCAGGCUGGUGAUGGACCCCCGCAGAUACGGCCCUACCACACUAUCAUUGAAAUUGCGGAGCACAAGAGGAAAGGGUCUCUGAAGGUCAGGAAGUGGAAAUCUAUCUUCAAUUUGGGUCGCUCUGGCCAUGAGACCAAGCGUAAACUUCCGCGGGGCGCUGAGGACAGAGAGGACAAAUCCGAUAAGGGGACUUUGCGGCCAGCCAAGAGCAUGGACUCACUGAGUGCUGCGGCUGGGGUCAGUGAUGAGCCGGAGGGGCUGGCGGGACCCAGCCAUCCCCAGCCGAGCGCGUUGCUGCAGGACAGCUUGGAGAAUGACUACGGGGAGGCGGCGGAGGGUGACCGGGAGCGGGAGCCGGAGGCGCUGGGUGGCACCAACUCUGAGCCUGGCACGCCGCGGGCCGGCCGGUCGGGGAUCCGCGCUGGGAGCAGCAGCCGAGCAGAGCGCUGUGCUGGAGUCCACAUCUCGGACCCCUACAACGUCAACCUCCCACUGCACAUCACCUCCAUCCUCAACGUGCCCCCAAACAUCAUCUCCAACGUCUCCUUGGCCAGGCUCACCCGAGGCCUUGAGUGCCCCGCCCUACAGCCCCGGCCAAGCCCUGCCUCCGGCCCGGGGCCUGGCCCCGGCCCCGGCCCCCCAGAUGAGAAGUUGGAGGCAAGUUCGGCCGCAGGUCCCCCGGCUGACUGUGGCCCGGCGGACGUGGCCCCUGCCCUGGAGGACUGCCUGUCCCAGGAGGUGCAGGAUUCCUUCUCCUUCCUAGAGGACUCAAGCAGCUCAGAGCCCGAGUGGGUGGGGGUGGAAGAUGGGGAGGUGGCCAAGGCAGGAACUGCAGGAGCAGCCUUCUCCCCUGGGGAGGACGACCCUGGGAUGGGCUACCUAGAGGAGCUCCUGAGAGUCGGGCCUCAGGUGGAGGAGUUCUCUGUGGAGCCGCCCCUGGAUGACCUGUCUCUGGAUGAGGCACAGUUUGUCCUGGCUCCCAGCUGCUGUUCCCCGGACUCUGCGGGCCCCGGGCCUGAAGGAGAAGAGGAGAGUGGGGAGGAAGUCUUCCUGAGUGCCUACGAUGACCUAAGUCCCCUUCUGGGGCCCAAACACCCAAACUGGGAGGGUCCAGGGAGCCUGGAAGAAGAGGCAGCAGGAUGCAGGGGACAGGGGGCUCCAGGGCAGGCUGAGGGAGAGCAGGCAUGCCGGGAAGGUGGGGAGGACAGGGAGGCUGAGCCUGAAGGCAGAUGGGACGUCCCAGAGGAGGCUGAGGGGAGUCCGGAGAGCGAGGUGGAGGAUGGAGAAGCAGGUGAGGGAGGAGGGAAGGCUGGGGAAAGCCAGGAGAUGAUGGUCAGUGUGAAGGAAGGGGGUGGGGAAGAGCCAGAGGCCAAGGGAGAGGAGUCCCGUGGUCAGCAGGAGGAGGGCAGUAUGGAGGAAGCUAAGUGUGCGGUGGGAACAGGAGGAGAGCAGGGUAAAGACGAGGAGAAAGAAAGGAAGGAGAGAGGGGAAGAGGCUGAGGAAGGAGAGGAAGCCCAGGUACAAGCCAGAAGGGACCCGGAGUGCGGGGCCCAGGAAACCCAAGUUGCCGAGGGGAGCUGGGAAGCUGUACACAAACAAGAGGCUGACGGAGGCAGAGAGGACGAGGCCAAAGGACAGAAGGGGCCUGAGAACCAAGGGGCAAGAGAAGCCCAAGGAGGUGGUGAAGACGGCAGAAGCCCUGAAGCAGCAGCUGAAGGAGGAGCAGGGAAGGUCAGCAAGGAACAGGAGAGUGGGGACGGGGAGCGUGAGGGAGACCAGAGUGCUGGAGGUGACCGUGUAGAGAAGGACGCCCUCCCUGAAGGGUCACACGCAGAGCCCCUGGAGGUUGGCAGUGCCGAAGAGGGCAACCCCCAGUCCUCUGAGGCAGAACAGGCGGUCCCGCAGCCACCCCGGCCACAGGAGAUGGAGCCCGAGGGGCCGCUCGGUCCAGAGGGCUGCAACCCGUGUCCCUGUCCUCUUGGCUCAGCUGGUGGUGUGGGCAUGCGCCUGGCUUCCAGCCUGGUUCAGGUCCAACAGGUCCGCUCUGUGCCUGUGGUGCCCCCCAAACCACAAUUUGCCAAGAUGCCUAGUGCGAUGUGUAGCAAGAUCCACGUGGCACCUGCAAACCCAUGCCCGAGGCCUGGCCGGCUUGAUGGGACUCCUGGGGAAAGGGCUUGGGGGUCCCGAGCCUCCCGUUCCUCUUGGAGGAAUGGGGGCAGUCUUUCUUUUGAUGCUGCUGUGGCCCUGGCCCGGGACCGCCAGAGGACUGAGGCUCAGGGAGUUCGGCGGACCCAGACCUGUACGGGGGGUGGGGACUACAGCCUCAUCCCCAGAACCUCCCCGUGUAGUGUGAUCCCUGCCUAUUCUCGGCCACUUAGCUGCCUGGAGCUCCCACCCGAAGACACAGAAGGGUCUGGACACCGGAGUCGGCUUAGUCUGCCCCCCAGGGAACCCCAGCCCCCCGACCCUCUUCUGUCCCCCCAGCGCCGAUCAUAUGCGUUCGAAACACAGGCCAACCCUGGGAGAGGUGAGGGACUGUGAGUAGGACCACAGUGCUGGGCAAAGGGGACAGUAAGUUGUCUUGAAUCUCCAGAUUCCCAGACCGGCUGUUUCUCCCGCAGCCUGAGCAGCUGGAGUGUCCAACACCAUAGGCUUUGACCCUCCAGCUUCUCUUUUCCACUAUGGGAAGCAUUGCCUCCGUUGGUUUUACUUGAGCUUGUCUCGGACACAAAGCACUUAUCCCUUAGGAUAUUCCCAAGAAAGUCACCGAGAUCCUGUUACCAAGGAGCGGGGUCAUUGGUCAAGGGGAACAAAGAGUAGGCAGAAAACUUAAGAGGCUUCUCAAAGUGAAGAAUGAAGAGGGAACUCCAGCGAAGUUCCUGCCUCCUCUGGGGCUGUGUACUUCCCAUCAUGGAAGCCCAGGGUGGAGGAGGGGAGGGUGGGGCCAGGUCAGAGGCUAUCACACAUCAACACUUCUGAGUUGCCCAUCCUUAUUCUGCUCUUGGACCCUUGGGUACCUCCUGACUCUCCUAGCUCCAGAUUAGGAGAACCAUGUCAAGGAAGCUCUCUGAAGUCCUCAAAGUGUGUUGGAGGGACUGGCUCCCUCUCCAGCAUCCCCACCCUCUGCCUCCAGUCACCUUUAGGAAGAGAGAUCUUCUGCAGAUCUCCCUGGCUUCUCCUUUUUCCUUUGGAAUAACUUCCUCCUAUUUCAAGGAAGGGGAAUAGCGUAACUCAGGCCCUGGGACUGCUUCUCCAGACAGGCUGGGGCCAUAUGUUCCAUCCUAGUAAGAAGCAAUCUCAGAAUAAAAGUUGUACUUUUAUACCUA